GGUACUAGCCAGGUAACCUUUUUGCCAACUCAGUUAGGGCUAGAGGUGCCACUAUGUCAGCUCCAGCAAUUUCAUCUAGUCCCAUCCCAUCUGGGGGAAAAGUCUGCACAUCAUUUCCAGAGAUCCUGAUGUUAGGUGAAUUUGUUUUUGGUGGCCUGGUUUGGAUCCUUGUGGCUUCUGCUCGAGUUGAAUUUGCGGCUGAUCAAGGCUGGGUGAUGUUUGUUUCAGUUUUCUGCUUCGUGAUCACUACGUUGCUGCUCAUCCUCUACACAGCUGGAGUUCAGAACAGUUCAUCUGCUUGGAUGGCAGUGGAUGUCUUCUACCACUUCAUCUCGGCCGUGUUUUAUUUAAGUAUCGCAGUUCUGGAAGCCAGUGACACGAGGUUCGUUUUAAUAAACAGGAAUCAAAAGAAUUUCAGAAUCAACAUUGCUGCCACAGUCUUUGCAUUUGUGGCCACCUUACUGUAUACGAUACAUGGGAUAUUGUCAAUACUGAGAUGGAAGUCUUCCUCAUGAACAUCAGAAAACAAGCAGGAAGUGUCGACACUUUUACCAGAGGAUCCUUGUCCCUUCUUGAACUUGCUGAUUGCUCUUUCUUUAGCACUGUUUCGCAAAACUGAUUUAUAACCAGGCAAAGUGAAAAAUCGCACAACAUCAGCUUAUAGUCCAGGGGGUAUGUUUGGAAGCAUUAGCUUUCAAAGCGCUGCUCCUUCAUCAGGUGGUUGUCAGGUUGUAGUGCUCCGAAAGUUAGUGCUUCCAAAUAAACCCCCUGGACUAUAAUCUGCUGUUGUGUGAUUUUUUAACUUUGUACACCCCAGUCCAACACCGGCAUCUCCAAAUCAUAUAACCAGGCAGGUACGCAAUGGAACUCAUGAGAAACGGAAUGUAUUUAAUAUUUAAGGAUUGAGAAGAUCAAAAGUUCCAUAACAUGUUGGAAAUCUGUAGCUCUGGCUAAGUCAAUCUCAAAACUGCUGCUAUUUGGUUUUUAUUGGUGCAGGGUAAUUUAAAACUGUCAAAAAACAUUGGGUUGACCGAUUUAAGAUGCAGAUACAGGUGGUCAAUGAUCUAAUUGAAGGUGGAGGAGCUGAGAUUCUGUUCAUAUAUUUCAUAUCCCAAGGACAGCUUGUGUUUUGUUAAUGUUCCCCUUGCUGAGUCAGGUCCUUCCAAGCCGCUUUCAAGCCAGUUAGAAGGCUCUGGUAAAUUUUUGGGUGAACUUCUCUUGCGUUUAGAAUUCCUGAUGAAUGGACGAUCUCGUAACCAAGAUGUUUUAGUCCUGAAACUUUAGGGUGGAAAUUUUGUGGAUAUCAUGACCAGGGUAAAGAAAAUGUGGUAGAUGAGAUCCCAAGCCCAGAAAGGAGCCUGUCUGAUUUUUUGCUGAUUGAUUUGAAUGGAUGACCACAUGAUUUCCAUGAAAUUUUGCUCCAUGAUUAAACGAGGAAACCCUCAUGUAAUUCAUCCAGAAUGGUCUUUGUAUCUGAGCGUCACACCCAGACAGAAAAGUCUAGUCACAUAUUUUGAAUCUUUACUGUUACAAGCUUAUUGUACUAAUUCUGAUUUUCCAUUACAUGACAA